ACCAGUCUUCUAUCCAGAGAGGGUUUUUUGGGGAAGGCGCAGAGGAGACUGCUGCCGCGGACACCUCAACCACUCCCCGCUUUCCUUUGGAUUCUAUUCUUUCUUUCCUUGUCGAGGCCCGGGAUGCGUUCGUAAAAAAACAAGCAUAAACGUCUCCAAAAAGUUUCAUCAAGCUUAGCAAGGGGAGAAGGAGGGAAAGAUGACGAUGCUCAAGGCCCUCGUGUUGUUCUUCCUCUACGGAGCAGCAGUCCAAGCCCAGCAGGUUCCUGAGUGCCAUAAAAAGCCGGAAUGCCCCAUCCACCUGUACUUUGUGAUCGACACGUCUGAGACGAUCGCGCUGCAGGAGCCCCCGCCAGGCAGCCUGGUGGACAGCAUCCGCAAGUUCACGGCCGAGUUCGUCCGGGAGCUGGAGGACAUCGACUACCUGGGCCUGGUCCAGAUCAGCUGGAAGAUCGGUGGCUUGCACUUCUCCCAGACACAGGAGGUGUUCAGCCCCAUCACGGACAAGAGCAACUUCCUGUCAGCUCUGCAGCGCAUCGUCUACCUGGGCAAGGGCACGUACAUUGACUGCGCCCUCACCAACAUGACAGCCGAGAUCCGGCGCCAGGACGCGUCCGCCCUGCGCUACGCCGUUGUGAUCACCGACGGCCACGUGACGGGCAACCCGUGCGGCGGCAUCAAGAAGUCGGCAGAGUUCGCCAGGGACCAGGGCAUCCGUCUCUUCUCUGUGGCCGCCUCGCGGAACGUGGACGAGGCCGGGCUUCGCGAGAUCGCCAACUCGCCCGUGGGAGUGUUCCGUCACGACUACCUGGCCGUGGACGUCUCGGACCGGGGUGUCGUGAUCAACGAUGCCACGUACAAGCGCAUCAUCAAAACCAUGAUUCAUCAAGCUUAUCAGGAGUGUUACAAAGUCAAAUGUCUGGAGACAGACGGACCAACUGGUCCACCUGGACACAGAGGACAGAAGGGCGCCAAGGGUGACCAAGGCAUUCCUGGGCCAAAAGGUGACAGAGGUCGUCAGGGCGAUCCAGGUAUUGAAGGUCCCAUUGGCCACCCUGGACCUAAAGGAGAGCCUGGUUUCAAAGGCGAGAAGGGAGAACUUGGCACACAAGGAAAGAAGGGAGGUGCUGGGUUGCCUGGAAGGAAUGGUACAGAUGGACAAAAGGGCAAAAUCGGACGGAUAGGCGCUCCUGGCUGCAAAGGUGACCCAGGUGACAAGGGUCCCGAUGGCCACCCAGGAGAGGUGGGAGACCCCGGACUCGGAGGCACUCUUGGAAACAAGGGAGAUCCCGGUCGCCAAGGAAGAUCCGGCCCACCUGGUGAACCUGGUGACCCUGGACCAAAGGGAGAAGAUGGAAACCCAGGCAGGAGCGGAGCAGCCGGAGCUAAAGGACCAGCAGGCAAAAGGGGAGGAGCUGGACUCAGAGGAGAGCCUGGGAGGCGAGGAGAUUAUGGACCAAAGGGGAAAGCAGGGCCUGAUGGGCCUAGAGGAGAGAAGGGAGAGGCAGGCUCAGAGGGACCAAGAGGCCUUUCAGGUGAAUCUGGAGCCAAAGGAUCAAAGGGAGACAAUGGUUUACCAGGACCAAGGGGCCCUCCUGGAGUAGUUGGAGAAGCAGGUAUCAAUGGUAGCCGUGGUGAUGCAGGUGACAUGGGACCCAGGGGAGAUCCCGGCCCACCUGGACCUCAGGGUGACCCCGGCAGGCCUGGAUUCAGCUACCCCGGAUCAAGAGGGCCAAAGGGUGAUGUAGGAGACGGUGGAAAGGACGGGCCCCGUGGUGGCAGAGGAGACUGCGGAGCCAAAGGAGACCCCGGACCACCUGGAACACCCGGAGACAACGGAGAGCCAGGACCGGAGGGAGAGCCAGGGCAGAGGGGACCGAAGGGAGAAGCUGGUACUGAGGGUAAUCCAGGACCUGAGGGAGACCCUGGCCUGACUGAAUGUGAUGUCAUGAGCUACAUUCGUGAAACAUGUGGUUGCUGUGACUGUGAGAAGAGGUGUGGUGCUCUGGAUAUCGUCUUUGUAAUCGACAGCUCAGAAAGUGUGGGCCUCACCAACUUCACCCUGGAGAAGAACUUUGUCAUCAACACCAUCAACAGAAUGGGAUCCAUCGCUAAAGACCCUAACUCAGACACAGGAACCCGUGUCGGUGUGGUCCAGUACAGUCACAGCGGCACGUUCCAGGCCAUCAACCUGAACGACUCGAGGAUCGACUCUCUGUCUGCCUUCAAGGACGCGGUGAAGAAGCUGGAGUGGAUCGCCGGUGGCACAUUCACCCCCUCGGCCCUCAAGUUCGCCUACGACAACCUGAUCCGCGACAGCCAGCGCGGCAAGGCUAAAGUCAGCGUGGUGGUGAUCACCGACGGACGCUUCGAUCCGCGAGAUAACGACCAGCUCCUCACCUACCUUUGCAACCAGAACCGAGAUGUAGACGUCAACGCCAUCGGCAUCGGUGACAUGUUCGACGUUGCCGAGGACAACGAGAACCUGCAGUCCAUCGCCUGCAUCAACACGGGCGGCAAUGCGAAGGCGGGACGCGUCACCCACAUGAGGCGCUUCGCCGACCUGGUGGCCGACGAGUUCAUCGACCAGAUUGAACACGUGCUCUGCCCAGACCCUGUCAUCGUCUGCCCUGACCUUCCAUGCAAAUCUGAGCCCGCGGUGGCCAGCUGUGCCCAGCGGCCAGUGGACCUGGUGUUCCUGCUGGACGGCUCAGAGCGUCUGGGCCUGGAGAACUUCCGACGCGCCCAGGAGUUCGUGGAGCGCGUGGCGGCGCGUCUGACGCUGGCGCGCGAUCGCGAGGACGAGCGCAACGCCCGCGUGGCCCUGGUGCAGUACGGCGGCGAGAGCGACCAGCGCGUCGUCUUCCCGCUCUCCCACAACUUCACGCUGGUCGCCGACGCCCUGGGGCGCAUGUCCUACAUGGACUCAUCCUCUAGCGUCGGCCCCGCCAUCACCUACGCCAUCAACAACGUGGUGAUGUCCAACCGCCAGCGCCAGGCGCGACGCAACGCCGAGCUGGCCUUCGUCUUCAUCACCGACGGCGUGACCAGCGACAAGGGCCUGGCCGAGGGCAUCCAGGCCAUGAAGCGCGCCGAGGGCGUGCCCGUGGUGGUUGCCAUGGGGUCGGACGUCGACCAGGAGGUGCUGACCAAACUGGCUCUCAACGACGACUCGGCCAUCUUCCGGGGACAGGACUUCAACCAGCUCGCCAAGUCCAACUUCUUCGAGAGGUUCAUUCGGUGGGUCUGCUGAGAAGGCAGAAGGGAAGAAGAGGAAGAAGAAGAGAGAAAAUAAAAGAAGAGAAGAGAAAAUAAAGAAGAGAUAUUCGGGGGUGGGGGGUGGGAGGGUCAGAAAUGUUUAGUAUUGUUAAAGUCAUGCGCUGAGAGGGGGAAGCUAUUGGGGGAUUUUUAUAAAGAGUCAGCACUACCAUUUUAUAGCAGAUACAAUAUAAUUGGAUGAAGGCUUACAGUAUGUGAGAUACUGAUAUUUUACACUAUUGUAUUCUGCCAUUAGGCAAAUGUUGACGAUAUAAAAACACUAGUGAAUGUUGAAAGGCAAGGGAUGGGGAAAGAAUAUCCGUACAUCAAGACACACUAAAAAAAGGAACAGGCUACUAUUUCAGCACUCCAAAGAUUUGUUAAAUGUUUUUUAAAACAGAUUUUCAAAUGUAGUGUUUUUUUUUUACUCCUCAUUCAUGUUUCGUCAUGUUGACUGACAUUUACACAAAGGUGCUAACCCCAGACAGACUGGAGUUUAUCUUGUAUAUCUUUGAACCAAACCAGCCAUACAAUUGCACAGAAAUUGCUGUUGGUGUCCUAGGCUAAUUCAGGGGAUUCCGUAACCACACAGACACACCACAUAGCCUACACUGAGUCACCGCCAAAGCAACACAUUCCUAUGUUUCAUUAGAUUCUUCCAUUCUGUUUCUUCCAUUACACAUUUAAACUAAAACUGUGGCUUGAAAUACAAGUCACAAAGCUGUAGGAGUUCUACUAUUUCUACUUUUGUACAAGAUGAGAAAGCUCAAAGAAUCAGAACACUGAUUUUUCAGUUCUUAAAGAAGUUCACAUGCAGUGCAGUGUACUCUGGAUGUCAGUGCGUUUUAAGACAGGAAAAAAAUAACCUUUCCGGGCACUGUGAUCAGUUGUAGAAUACACUUGAAGCCAUGAAGACGCAACUUGGAUUGAUUGUAAUUGUUUUACACCCUAACGGCACUUGAAAUGUUAAACCCAUACAUUGUUGCUGUCAGACUUCAGCGUAUCAAUAAAAUGAGCUGUGGUAACAAGUCA